UGUGUGGACAGGAAAGCGCUGUGAACGGGGACCACCUGUGGCUGGAGACCAGCUGCUCUGGGGACCUGUGCUACCUGGGAGAGGAUACCUGUCUACUGAAGACCGCAAAGUCGGCUCCCAGAAGGAAAUGUGCAGCAUGUAAGAUUGUCGUUCAUACCGCCUGUAUCGAACAGCUGGACAAGAUUAACUUCCGCUGUAAGCCCACCUUCAGAGAGGGAGGCUCUCGCUGUCUGCGAGACAAUAUGUUGAGGCAUCACUGGGUUCACCGGCGCCGCCAGGAAGGAAAGUGCCGACAGUGUGGGAAGAGUUUUCAGCAGAAGUUCUUCCACAGUAAGGAAAUCAUCGCCAUCAGCUGCUCUUGGUGCAAACAGGCUUUCCAUAACAAGGUGACAUGCUUCAUGCUACAUCAGAUCGAGGAGCCCUGUUCUCUGGGGGCUCACGCAGGUGUCAUAGUGCCUCCAUCCUGGAUCAUCAAAGUCAGGAAACCCCAGAGUUCGUUCAAGAAUUCCACGAGGAGGAAAAAACGGACGUCGUUCAAAAGGAGGACCAGCAAGAAGGGCACUGACGAGUCCAAAUGGCGUCCGUUCCUGCUGAAGCCCCUCCCCUCCCCCCUCAUGAAGCCCGUGUUGGUGUUCGUCAACCCCAAGAGUGGAGGGAACCAGGGCACCAAGGUGCUGCAGAUGUUCAUGUGGAUCCUGAACCCGCGGCAGGUGUUUGACCUCUCCCAGGGGGGGCUCCGAGAGGCGUUGGAGUUAUACAGAAAAGUGCCAAACCUGCGCAUCCUGGCCUGUGGAGGAGAUGGGACGGUGGGCUGGAUCCUGUCUGCUCUGGAUGAGCUGCAGAUGAAUCCUCAGCCUCCCGUGGCUGUACUUCCUCUGGGGACAGGAAAUGACCUCGCAAGGACGCUCAACUGGGGCGGGGGCUACACAGACGAGCCGGUCUCCAAGGUGCUGUGUCACGUGGAGGACGGCUCGGUGGUGCAGCUGGACCGCUGGAACCUGCUGGUGGAGAGGAGCUCCGCCCAGCCUGAGGAGGGCACCCAGAAGCUCCCCUUGAACGUGUUCAACAACUACUUCAGCCUGGGCUUUGACGCUCACGUCACGCUGGAGUUUCACGAGUCCAGAGAGGCCAACCCCGAGAAAUUCAACAGCCGCUUUCGCAACAAGAUGUUUUAUGCAGGGGCUGCCUUCUCCGACUUCCUUCAGAGGAGCUCCAGGGACCUGUCCAAGCACGUCAGAGUAGUGUGUGAUGGGACAGAUCUGACUCCUAGGAUCCAGGAUCUGAAGUUCCAGUGCAUCGUGUUCCUAAACAUCCCCAGGUACUGUGCGGGCACUAUGCCCUGGGGGAACACAGGUGAUCACCGUGACUUUGAACCCCAGCGCCAUGACGACGGCUGCAUCGAAGUCAUCGGCUUUACCAUGGCUUCCCUGGCGGCGCUGCAGGUCGGAGGCCAUGGGGAGAGACUGCACCAGUGUAGAGAGGUGGUGCUGACCACCUUCAAGACGGUACCUAUACAGGUGGAUGGCGAGCCCUGUCGCCUGGCCCCCUCCACCCUCCGCAUCUCGCUGCGUAACCAGGCCAACAUGGUACAGAAGAGCAAGAGGCGGACCUCGGUCCCUCUGCUCAACGAUAUACAGAAGGUGUGUGCAGCCGACCUGCGCCGCCUCUCUGCUCCCCCCGACUCCUUCUCUGUCCCUCAUGCUGUUCCUGAUCGUCUGCGUUUGAGGGUGAACCGUAUCAGUCUGCAGGAGUACGACAGGCUUCAGUACGACAAGGAGCGCCUACGAGACAUCUCCAUCCCAGUGGGCAUCGUGGUGGUGCGGGGAGAUUGCGACCUGGAGACCUGCAGACUCUACAUAGACAGACUCCAGGAGGAUCUUCACCAGGCGCCCUCUGCUGGCCACAGAGUGCACUACCAGGAUGAGUACAGAGGUGUGCCCAGGACCAGCUCAGCCAGCAGACUUUCCCCCAACUGGAGUUUCCUGGACUCGACAUCGGCAGACCGCUUCUAUCGCAUUGACAAGGCUCAGGAGCAUCUCCACUUUGUGACGGAGAUCUGUCAGGACGAGGUGUUCAUCCUGGACCACGAGGGCCCGCUGGUCAGCCAGGGCACUGCAGGCAUGCCUGACCUGGUGGUCGAGCCCAGCUCGGGAGUGACUCUCACAAUGGAGGAACAAGCAUUGCUGAGUGCCGCCUCUUCUGGGGAUUUACUGACGUUGUCUGGGUGCUUGGGUCGAGGGGCCAGUCUGCUGGUGAGGGAUUCUCAGGGGUGUUCGGCCUUACAUCUGGCCUCCCACCGUGGACACACGGGGGUGGUCAGCUUCAUACUGGAGCACGGUUCAAAGCUGGUGUUGGAUUUAACAGACCGAGAAAGAGGCGACACCGCGUUACACAAAGCCACCUCAGAGAAGCAGCAUGCUGUCUGUCGGCUUCUGGUCGAGGCUGGAGCUACCCUAAACAAGACCAACUUCCAGGGUAAGACACCGCUGGACCAGGCCCAGUCGUUGGGGGACUCUGAACUGGUGUCGUACCUGCAGAGCAGACAGCACACCCCCACUCUGGCCCAGGAAGACCUGGAGACCGCCGUCUGACAGAGAGAUAAAGAGAGAUACAGAGAGAGACAGAGAGACAGAGAGACAGAGAGAGAGAGAGAGAGAGAGAGAGAGAGAGAGAGAGAGAGAGAGAGACAGAGAGAGAGAGAGAGAGAGAGAGAGAGAGAGAGAGAGAGAGAGAGAGAGAGAGAGAGAGAGAGAAACCCAGGGUGGAGUCCGGCGAGUGGUUUCCAUCGUCAUGGCGCCAGACAAACGGACAGACGCGUGGAGAGACCAGGGACACACGCAGUGGAAUCGUGGACGCGAUGGAGAACGUUCCUCUCACCUUGUUAUUUAUCCAGUUUCUUAUUUCUUUGAUUUUGUAUUUAUUGGUUAGGUUGAACGACUGAUUGUAAGCUGGGUGGGGUGGGAGGAUGGGGGUGGCGGUGCAAUGGUGGCGGUUUGGGUGGGGGGGUAGGGGGAAACCACGUCUAUCCACGCCUUUGUGCAGUCGUGCAGACACGUGCCAAAGAGGCCGCACCGUAAGCAAGGGUCAAAUGUUAUUCAUCGAGCACUUCUAGAAUAUUCCGACUGAUCCUCCUGACUCCUGCACACCUCUAGGCACUAGGCCCUCACUGUUAUUGCUGCGAGAGAGGGAGGGAGAGAG